AUGGCAACAUGAGGUCACCUAGGAUUCCAAGACAGUGCGUCACCCCUUAUAGAGCAACUUAUUUUCUUCCAUGAUCAUACUAUGGUAGUAUUAAUUUUAAUUACUACUUUUGUUGGUUAUAUAAUAGCCGCUAUAUUUCCUAAUGCUUUUGUUAAUCGUUUUCUCCUUGAAAACCAAACAAUCGAAGUAAUUUGAACAAUUCUUCCUGCUAUUAUUCUCAUUUUUAUUGCUCUUCCUUCACUUCGGUUACUUUAUCUUCUAGAUGAAGUUAAUAACCCUAGAAUCACUCUUAAAACAAUUGGACACCAAUGAUAUUGAAGGUAUGAAUACUCAGACUUUCUGCAAGUAGAGUUUGACUCCUAUAUAACUCCAUCUAACGAACUAGAUUUAUCUGGAUUUCGACUUUUAGACGUAGACAACCGAACUGUCUUACCUAUAAACACACAAGUUCGAAUGUUAGUCACUGCAGCUGAUGUUAUUCAUUCUUGAACUGUUCCAGCUCUGGGAGUAAAAGCAGAUGCAAUUCCGGGCCGUCUUAACCAAAUUAGAUUUAUGGUUAACCGACCAGGAUUGUUUUUUGGGCAAUGCUCAGAAAUUUGUGGAGCAAACCAUAGAUUUAUACCAAUUGUAGUAGAAAGUGUGUCAGUCUCAGCUUUUUUAAAUUGAAUCUCCUCCUCAUCCGAUCUAU